AAAAUACACUCUUUAACUUAUGGUAUGCAAGAAUUAAAUCAUGAUGUAAUUCCUAUAUGUUUUUAGAUAUCAGUGGUCAAUUAGAAGUUUAUGCAUUCAACGGAUGGUUAUAGUUCCAAUUGCCAACCAAUUAAUCGUUGCAUUCACAAAUAUGAUUUCAUUUACUACUUAUUUAUUAUUUUAUGUGUGUUAUAUGAAAUCAAAGAGCUAAUGAAGUGUUGAUCCUCAAUUUAUGUGGAUUAUUUGUGAUGUAGAGAUUUACUGAAAGCAGGACAUGUAGUUUCUCUAAUCUAGGAAUGAAAUUGCACAUUUUAGAUUACAAAUUAUUCGAUUGAAUCAUAACCUAGCGUUCAUUGAUUCAACAUCUUGGAGGGCCUAAAGUUCCUCAAGUUGUCGUUGCAUAACUACAUUCAACGAAUUUUUUUGGUGGUACUUAUGAUAUUGAAAUUAGGCAUCGAGCAUGACUCAGCCUUACCCCACAAUAUUUGGUGUAUUUUUACCAAGGCUUGAUUAAAAAUAAAAAUUAAAAAAAGGUUGAGCCAAUUUUUACAAUUCUCUCAUGAAUUUGAACUCAGGAUACAACCCACUUUGAGGUAUAAGACUUGCUAUCCAUACAAUGGAAAAUCCUUUUUUUUAUCUCCCACCUUGAGUUUACAAGCAAUUAAUGGUCGAGUUAUCUUCCAAAUAGUUUAUGUGACAAACCGUCCCUAAUUUUACAAUUUUAUAAAUUGUAAAAGAAUAAUUUUACGAAAAUAUUUUAAAGGCAAUGAAGCUUUUAUGAACUUACGAAAUUCAAGGACAUUUUGAUAAAUUCAUUAUCCUACGUAAAAACCCCUUUAUUAUUUUAUUAAUUUUUCGUUGUAGAAUUUCUUUAUGAUGGGACCCACCCACGUGGGUCUCAUAUCACCCUUGUCCCCAUGUCCAUUCUCUCCUUCUGACUCUUUUUUUUUUUAAUUUUGGGACCACUCUCUUGCUGCCAUGUGUUUGCUCUCUAGCACUCUCAGGUCUCUCUCCUCUCCCGACUUCUCUUUCUUUUUCUCUCUGCAACUACCGGCGCUGAGGCCGUCCACCCACUCACCGUAUUCUCUGGUGAGCCACACCACCAUCACCACACUGUCACCACUCCGGCGAGACGGCCACCGUGACUGCUAUGCUCGGAGACUUUCUCUAACUCUCCCAACGAGCUCACUCUCUCUCUCGAACUCCUCCCUUGCUGCAACACUGGGAGCACCACCUCCGGUCUUACUCGCCAUUCCGGCGAGCCUCGUCACCAACGAUCACCACCUAAAAACCUUCCUAGUCACGAUUCCAAACCAGGCAGAGACCUUUUUUCCUCCUUCUCUCUCUGCACAGUGGCACCGCCACUGUUCAAGAAUCUCUCUGGCGAUUUCUCGCCAUUUCCGGCGAGGAAAUGGUGCGGGGGGGAAGUUCCCCAGUUUCCGGUGCGGAAACCGACCCUUUGAAGGCUUUUUCCGGCAAGAUCAGGCCAUGACAAGGGACCACAAUGUAGUUGGGCAGGCAGUCAUCAACCAUGACGGUGACACAGCAGAUUUGGAUCAAUGAUGGGAACCUAGUGGUUCAUAGAAAGACCAAUUUGACUGGAGUUCCAGAUAACAUCGUACUUAGGGGUGUCGAAGAAGCUGCCAUAGGUGUAAAGAAUGGUGAUGGAGAACUUGUGGGGGCCGUAGCGGUGGAUGAGCUUGCUGAGCUCCACCAUGAAGAUGAUGUGACCCAUUCCUACAGCUGCAUACAACACUAUUACGUCUCCCAUGGCGGUUGCUACUGCUGAUUUGUUUGCGUUUGGUGUUUAUGUGUUGUGUUUUCUCUUGAAAUUAUUUGAUUUGAUUUG